AUGGCGGCGGCGAGGGGCGCGGCCAGCCGCAGGGGCCCGGGGCGGCCCUGCCCCUUCUCCAUCGAGCACAUUCUCUCCAGCCUGCCCGAGCGAAGCCCCCGGGGCCGAGCCGCCCGGCCCCCGCUGCCCGCCGGUCGCCAGAGCCCCGCAGAAUCUGCGGAGCCCGGGGUGCAAGAGGCUGUGCCCUGCGCCUGCUGUUGCUGCUUCGUCCCGCCCGCGACGCCCCGCAGGUCCCCGGAGGCGGCCACCGGGCUGGGCGCGCGGCUGCCGUGGCCGCUGAGGCUGGGGCCCGGGGCGCCCUCGCCCUUGGCCGCGCAGACCGGAGGCUCGGGGGCGCUCCCCAGCGCGGGCGGCCCGGGCCCGCAGAGACGCACGCGUCGCCACCGCACCAUUUUCAGCGAGGAGCAGCUGCAGGCGCUGGAGGCGCUCUUCGUGCAGAACCAGUACCCCGACGUGGGCACGCGUGAGCGCCUGGCCGGCCGCAUCCGCCUGCGCGAGGAACGAGUGGAGGUCUGGUUCAAGAACCGAAGGGCCAAGUGGAGACACCAGAAGCGUGCCUCAGCCUCUGCAAGGCUCCUGGCAGGGCCCAAGAAACCUCCCAAGGAGCGCAGCUGAUGAUGCUGGGAGCUACUCCUGGCCUUGGCGUUGACCUUUGGGGCCUGCACAGAGAGAGGACAGACCUGCAGGAACAGAAGCUAAGGGGGCGCUGCAGCCUUUUCCAUCACUCUCCACAGUUUCUUGCCACCUGGAACUGGUGCUGGGGUGAUGUAACUAGUGUCUGUCUGCUCCACUGGACUGUCGGCUCUCUGAAGGCAGGAACGUCACCGUGGAUGUCAUGUAGUCCCCUGAGGAUCCCAAUGGAUGAAGGAAUAACUGCAUAUUGUAAAAGCAAAAUUGUACUGGGGCAGGAUUUGUUUGUUUGACAUAGUUUGCAACCUCUUUUGGGGAAGAAAUUCCUGAAAAAUGCUUAGACAGUGUUCUGUCCCAUUUCAGUGAGAAUUGGCUCUAUUCUGUGAAGUUCAGUCUGGCAUUUAGGAGCCUAAUAAUCUCUAAUUAGACAUUUCUUUAUUAAACUACUAUCUUGUUCUUUUCAAUUAUCUUUUGUUAGAUAACUGUCAAGAAUUGUCUUAGGAUUCUCUUCUUGCAUAAAGUUUGGUACGUGUA